AUGGGGACUCAGUCAAGCUUUAACAAUGAUGGAUGCCAUGGUGAUCAGAUAUUUAAGCUGCGAUCUUAUGCCGAUAUAGCUCGACUCGCUAUGACGCAAACCGGAUCACAGAGCUUAAUAAAUAUCAUGGUGGCUUCUAAGGACCCAUUCGCUAAGGAUAUGAUUUUUACUGGGGUUUUCGGUUCCAUAUUCGAGGUGAUGAAUGACUCACAUGGAUACUAUGUUUUUGGGAAGCUUAUUGAAUCAUGCAAUUACGAUCAGUUAAGACACAUUGUAGCACUGAUGACUUUGAAUACUGAAUCACUUGUCAGCAUAUCAACCAGCAAAUUUGGAUCAAAAUCAAUUCAGAGGCUUGUCAAGGUGCUUGAGAAAUCACCCUUGAUUUACACCUUGACAUUAGCUCUAUCCAGUGUAUUGGGGCCACUGAUGACCAACCGAACAGGGUCGUUUGUUAUAUUGAAGUGCUUAAACCUCCUUGACACACAGAAAAAUGAGAAAAUAUACGAAACUGCUGAAAGGCUUUGCAUCACUCUGGCCCAGAAUGAAAAGGGAUGCAUAUACUUGAAUGAGUUCAUCACCUACAGUAAAACUCCAUACAGAGAGAGACUCAUGAAUGAAAUCUCAAGCAAAUCAAAACUCCUUUCUCAGGAUCCUUCAGGGAACUUUGUUGUCCAGCACGUCCUGGGACUCCAUAACCCUGUCUUCUCUGCAAAGAUAUGCUUUGAGCUGAGGGAUCUGUACGUAAAGCUCUCUUCACAAAGAGGUGGGAGUCAUGUUAUAGAGAAAUGCUUGAACUCUUCUGAGACGGAUUAUGUAGUAAAUGCUUUUCUCAAGUAUGAAAAACUGUCGCAAAUUGCGCGGGAUCAAUUUGGAAACUACGUGAUCCAAACAGCAUUGAAGGCCACAAAGCGUGCAAAUAGUCCCCUUUAUAAAAUGCUUUUAGCAAAGCUCAAACAAAAUCGGAAUGAACUCAUGAGUGGAUUUGGAAGGAAAGUGCUGAGUUUCAUUGACAGCGGCGUCCCCCUAGACUAACUAUGAUUGAUUGAUUGAUCUCAUCAGGAGGAGCUCAAUUUCAAAGAAACUGUUAGUGUUAGUGUUAUGUUGUUGUUGUUGAUGUUGUGCAAUUUUGUUUGUUGUCUUUUAAAAGCCUCAGGAGUCAAAAGGUUAGAGCC